CUUUAAAUUUAGACAAAAUGAUGAAAUCAUGAACGACGGCGCGUGUCGUUCAGCGAUCAUUACACGUGUUCGUUGACAGCGUGGCAUCAGCUGAUCGGAGGUCUUCGCCCGGGCAUAUCGCACGUAUGUACGCCGUGCAAACGAGAAAUACCAUAAGAGCGGAGUAACUCGCAUUGCCAAUGGAUCCCGACAAUUACGCAGUGGAGUUGAUACGUCAAGACAUCGUUAAAUAUCAGCUUCAAGUGAACGCUUUAAUACAAGACAUACAUCAAUGCAGUGGACCGCUGGAGAUGCUGUACGAGCUCAACGCGGAGGGCAGAGCCAAGAUAGCGGACCUGAAACUCUCCAUAGAGCACCUGGCGUCCGUUGCCGCGACCGAGGCGGACGGGAAGAAGCGGGCCGAGCUUCUGUCCGCCGUGGACAGUUACAAGGACCAGCUCAACACCUCCCUGGCGGCGUUCCGCAAGGCCAACGUUAUCAGCGCGUGUGUCAUCGACAAGCGGGCGAGGGAGGAUCUCUUCUCCAUGCCGGAGGAGCAGCAAAACGCCCUUCGUAGGCGGCACGACAAGCAGAGCUUGACGAACGCGUCCAGCCAAGUGACGGACAAGCUGCUCAGCAUCUCCAGGCACCUGGCCGAAACGACUCAGAGAGGCGCCGACACGCUCGGCACCCUGCUGACCUCGUCCGACAAGGUCGGCAACACCAAGGACGAGCUGGAACAUCAACAACAGGCUAUAGUGCAGUCGGGGAAGCUGUUAGGGAAAUACGGUAGACGAGAAGUCACCGACAAGGCACUGGUCGCGCUGGCAUUUGCCUUCUUCCUCGCUUGUGUAUUUUACAUCCUGCAGAAAAGAUUGUUCUGAGCAUGUAUAAAGUGUCUAAGACGUUAAAUUGUUCGCAUAAUGUAAAUGCAUCUUGUUAUACGGGGACGAGGGGAGAGGAAAUAAUGUGAUAUAUUACGUGUGCUCUUCGGGAUAAAGGGGUGAACUUUUAUAAAUAUUUUAAUAACUUUA